AGGAGGGGGGUGGUCACAAGAGGAGUGUCUCCUUCUUUUUGUCUCUCUUCCCCAUUUCCGUAUUUCCACCUUGACUUUUAUUCUGCUAGUUGAGUCCUUUCCCACCUCACUGGGAAUGGAGCCCUGUAAGACAGAUGUCCCUUUUCCUAGCUCUGCACCCUGCCUACCCCACCCCACCCCCCAAAUCAGUUUUCUCACCGAUAUCUCCAUUUCCAUCUAGGUCAAAUUCCAUGUAUUUUUCUGCAUGAGGGGAGAAAGAGAGAGUAAGAGCUGGCUGAGGGUCACAGACCAGCUGGGCAGUACAGGGCAAGAGAUUGAGAAAGGGAUUGCUGACCAGUGCUAUGGGGAGAAGGCGGAGGUAGGGUAGGCAGAGGAAGUGAAGGCUGGGAGAGUUAGGGGCCCCUGGUAAGGUAUAGGGAACUAGAGGGGAUGUUAGGCGGGACAGCCAGGAAAAGAGACAGCAGCAAGGGGGGUUGAGGUGGAGGCAGAAGAGACAGCUUUUCUUCCUACCACAAAGUAAGACUUUCUGUCUUUCCUGUCCUGGAUCUAUUGUUAGGAAGCCCUAUCCCCUCCAGUCCCCACACCCCUGGACCCUAUAGAUUUCCCCUCACUCUUGAAGGCUUCCAGUUUACAGGGCAGAUCCUCAUCACUGCUGUAUUUGGGAUCAUCCAGGAAUCGCUGUGGGAGAAAUCAAGAGCCAAGGAAGUUCCCCACCACCAUUUGGUGACAAAAAGCCUGAUCACAAACAGUGGGUUGUUCUUCCGCCAGCCAGACCUCCCGGCUCGCAGCCCCCUUGCCAAUUGGAAUGCCCUUGGACAUGACCCGAAGACUGUUGCUCAUCUUUAUCAUGAUCCAUUCAGGAUCCUGCACUCUAUGGGUGUCUCAGCCUCCUGAGAUUCAUAUCCAGGAAGGCAAAGCUGCCAUCCUGCCUUGCUCCUUCAAUGCCAGCCAAGGGAAACUGGCCAUCGGUUCUGUCACAUGGUACCGAGAUAAGGUGGCCCUAGGGAAGGAGGUGAAUAAUGGGACCCCAGAGUUCAGGGGCCGCUUGGUCCCUCUUGUAUCUUCCCGUUUCCUCAAGGACCACCAGGCUGAGCUGCACAUCUGGGAUGCCCGAAGCCAUGAUACAGGAGUCUAUGUGUGCAGAGUGGAGGUUCUAGGCCUGGGUACUGGAACAGGGAAUGGGACUCUGCUGGUGAUAGAGAAAGACCCACAGUGGUUAUCAUCCAGCACAAACCUCCUCCUCCUCCGAAUGGGAUUCUAUGCUUUCAGCUUUCUCUCUGUGGUAAUGGGCAGCACCAUCUAUUACCAAGGCAAAUGUCGCUGUCACAUGGGAUCACACAACCCUUCCUUGAAUGGCCUCUGAUGAGUGGAGUGAUUCAGAUCCGAGGGAUCCCAGCUUUCUUCAGAAGAUUCCAAUAAAUCCCUUUGUGCCCUACAGCUAA